GGUCGCUGCCGCCGCCGCCGCGCCUGCUGAGAGAUGGCGGUCUUGGGCGCCGAAGGCUGAGGGCGCCCGCCUGUGGAGGAGGCGCCGCCGCCGGGGCCGCCGGGAGCCGACGGCUUCGCGCCGGGUUGUCUCCUCACUAGACUAUGAGCUCCGUGGAAGAAGGAAUCGUGUCUUACUCAUCUUUAUAUCUCCAUUAUCUAGAACAGUUCCUGGUACAAAAUUUAAGCUGAAUUUUGGGACAUGGCCACUGCUUCGCCAAGGUCUGAUACUAGUAAUAACCACAGUGGAAGGUUGCAGUUACAGGUAACUGUUUCUAGUGCCAAAUUAAAAAGAAAAAAGAACUGGUUUGGAACAGCAAUAUAUACAGAAGUAGCUGCAGAUGGAGAAAGUAAGAAAACAGCAAAAUCCAGUAGUUCUUCUAAUCCGAAAUGGGACGAACAGCUAACUGUAAAUGUGACCCCACAGACUACAUUGGAAUUUCGAGUUUGGAGUCAUCAUACUAUAAAAGCAGAUGCUUUAUUAGGAAGAGCAACAGUAGAUUUGAAACAAGCUCUGUUAAUACACAAUAGAAAAUUGGAAAAAGUGAAAGAACAGUUAAAACUUUCCUUGGAAACCAAGAAUGGUGUCGUGCAAACUGGUGAAUUAACAGUUGUGCUUGAUGGACUGGUGAUUGAGCAAGAAAAUAUAACAAACGGCAGCUCAUCUCCAGCCAUAGAAGUACAGCAAAAUGGUGAUGCCUUACAUGAAGACAGAGAGCCUUCAGCAAGGACAACCACCAGGUUGGCUGCUGAAGAUACUAACGGGAUAGAUAAUCAUGUACCUACAAACACUGUAGUACAAAACUCAUGCUGUUCAUCUGUAAUUAACGGGGACAGCACACCAUCUCCAUCUCAGGUUGCUGCCAGACCCAAAAACACACCAGCUCCAAAAUCACUCACAUCUGAGCCUGCCAAUGACACUGAUCAUCUUACUGAUUUUCCCUUCUCAGUUAAUGGAGACUCACCCUCAUCUGCACCGACUGAAAACGCUUCCAGCACGGGUACUGCAAUAGGAUCUGGAGAACCCGCCUUGUCUUCAAAUUGCACUAGUACUCCUGUUGAAGACCCUCCAGUUCAAGAAACACUGACCUCCUCGGAAAACAAUGAAUGUAUUGUCUCUAACAGUGCAGCCUUUGGAUCUGAAGCUCGAAGUACAUUAGAUCCUUCCACCUCCAAUUCUGCAGGUAGCUCUGCUUUUGAAGCAGCCAAAUUAAGACAGCCUGACGGAUGUAUGGAGCCUGUCCGGCAGCAGUCUGGAGGUGCCAACACAGAAACGCUGCCAUCAGGGUGGGAACAGAGAAGAGAUCCUCACGGUAGAACCUACUAUGUGGAUCAUAACACACGGACGACCACGUGGGAGAGGCCGCAGCCUCUGCCUCCAGGUUGGGAAAGAAGAGUUGAUGAUCGAGGCAGAGUGUAUUACGUGGACCAUAACACCAGGACAACCACCUGGCAGCGGCCCACCAUGGAGUCGGUCCGGAACUUUGAGCAGUGGCAGUCCCAGCGGAGCCAGCUGCAGGGAGCUAUGCAGCAGUUCAACCAGCGAUACCUCUACUCGGCUUCAAUGUUAGCAGCAGAAAAUGACCCAUACGGGCCUUUGCCACCAGGCUGGGAAAAAAGAGUGGAUUCAACAGAUAGAGUUUACUUCGUGAAUCAUAACACAAAAACAACCCAGUGGGAGGACCCCAGAACUCAAGGUUUGCAGAAUGAAGAACCCCUGCCAGAAGGUUGGGAAAUUAGGUAUACCCGGGAAGGUGUGAGGUACUUUGUUGAUCAUAAUACAAGAACGACAACAUUCAAAGAUCCUCGCAAUGGAAAGUCAUCUGUAACUAAAGGUGGUCCACAGAUUGCCUAUGAACGCAGCUUCAGGUGGAAACUCGCUCACUUCCGUUAUUUGUGCCAGUCUAAUGCUCUACCCAGUCACGUAAAGAUCAAUGUGUCCCGGCAGACGUUGUUUGAAGAUUCCUUCCAACAGAUUAUGGCAUUAAAACCCUAUGACUUGAGGAGGCGAUUAUAUGUAAUAUUUAGAGGAGAAGAAGGACUUGAUUAUGGUGGCCUAGCAAGGUCUUUGAAUAUUUUUUCUGUUCCAUUUGUUCCGUUUUUCUUGAGGAACCUCAGUCAUGGAGAAUGGUUUUUCUUGCUUUCACAUGAAGUUUUGAACCCCAUGUAUUGCUUAUUUGAGUAUGCUGGCAAGAACAACUACUGUCUACAGAUAAAUCCAGCAUCAACUAUUAAUCCAGACCAUCUUUCAUACUUUUGUUUCAUUGGUCGCUUUAUUGCUAUGGCACUCUUUCAUGGGAAGUUUAUUGACACUGGUUUCUCGUUACCCUUCUACAAGCGUAUGCUAAGUAAAAAACUGACUAUUAAGGAUUUGGAAUCGAUUGAUACUGAAUUUUAUAAUUCCCUUAUCUGGAUAAGAGACAACAACAUUGAAGAAUGUGGCUUAGAAAUGUACUUUUCUGUUGACAUGGAGAUUUUGGGAAAGGUUACGUCACAUGACCUGAAGUUGGGAGGUUCCAAUAUCCUGGUGACAGAGGAGAACAAAGAUGAAUAUAUUGGUUUAAUGACUGAGUGGCGUUUUUCUCGAGGAGUACAAGAACAGACCAAAGCUUUCCUUGAUGGCUUUAAUGAGGUUGUUCCCCUUCAGUGGCUGCAGUACUUUGAUGAAAAAGAAUUGGAGGUUAUGUUGUGUGGCAUGCAGGAGGUCGACCUGGCAGAUUGGCAGAGAAACACUGUGUAUCGCCAUUAUACCAGAAACAGCAAGCAAAUCAUUUGGUUUUGGCAGUUUGUGAAGGAGACAGACAAUGAAGUGAGAAUGCGACUACUGCAGUUUGUCACUGGAACCUGCCGUUUACCUCUAGGAGGAUUCGCUGAACUCAUGGGAAGUAAUGGGCCUCAAAAAUUUUGCAUUGAAAAAGUUGGCAAAGACACCUGGUUACCAAGAAGCCACACAUGUUUUAAUCGCUUGGAUCUACCACCAUAUAAGAGUUACGAACAACUAAAGGAAAAACUUCUUUUUGCAAUAGAAGAAACAGAGGGAUUUGGACAAGAAUGAAUGUGGCUUCUUGUCUUGGAGGAGCUCUUGCAUUUAAAUACCCCAGCCAAGAAAAGUUGCGCAGAUAGUGUAUAUAAGCUGUUCAUUCUGUACAGUGAAUUUUCUGAAUCUCUCAAAGGUAUAAAUGUUUUCCGUUCUUCCACAGAAAUAUGCAAAACAGCUCAUCCUUUUCUACUUUAUUUAUUGUUCCCUUGAAAUGACUGACCAGGAAAAAAAAAUCAUCCUUAAAUUUUGAAGCAAGCGAGAGACUUUAUUAAAAAUAAGUAUAUAUCUAUAUAAGCAUAUAUGAUCAUGGCUCUAGUUUUAUAGAGCUCAGGGUGUAUUAAACGUGACAGCCACUCAUCUGAAAAUAGUCUGGAUUUGCUUUACCUUGUUUCUGUUAUCCAGGGGAAGAAGUUCAAAUUGCUCCGUGGUUUUUUCCCUGAUGUAACAUCUCUUGAGGGUGUUUAGCUGCAUGGCUGUUCAGGAAGGUAUUAAGGGCUUAGGCCAAAAUCUUACUUUGAAUAUGUUAAAAAAAAGUGCUGCUGGCUUUUUUUAAGAUGGGUGCUUGAACCUGUCAGUUUAUUUUAAAUAAAUAUAGUAGUUGAAAAUUUUCCCUCUUUGCUACAUCCCUAAUGCAGCCAGUCAAGGCCAUUAAUGAAACCGUAACUUAUGAGUAACAUACACUAGAUCUGCUACUAUUUCGUUUAUUCUGGAAAUUGGGGAGAAUUCACUCAGCAGCAUCGAGGUUUGUUUACAUGUUACUUUGGGAUGCUAGGUAUUUGUGGAAUUAAAAAGAAUCAGGCACUAAUGUACUUUAGUUUUAAUAUCUAUGAUGUUCUUUAAAUACAGAAUAAAUUGAUAUAAUUUGAU